GCAUGCGCCACAUUUAUGUUGUUGUUUGUGGCGGUAAGAUGGCGGCGCUCGGAGACACCUCAGCUCCGGGGGUGAACGGGUUAAUACAACAAUUCACAGCAAUAACAGGGGCCACCGAGAGUGUAGGAAAACAUAUGUUGGAGGCAUGCAGCAACAAUCUGGAGAUGGCAGUGACAAUGUUUCUGGAUGGAGGAGGGAUUGCAGAGGAGCCCAGCACCAGCUCUAGUUCAGCAGCUUCAAGCAGCAGAGCCCCUCCUGCUUCAGAUGAAGUACGAGCACCAAUUCCCCAAAAGCAGGACAUAUUGGUUGAACCGGAGCCAUUGUUUGGAGUACCAAAGCGAAGAAGACCUGCUCGAUCUAUAUUUGAUGGUUUCCGAGACUUCCAGACAGAAACUAUUCGCCAGGAACAGGAGCUGCGAAACGGUGGCACGGUGGAUAAGAAACUGAGCACCCUGGCAGACCUUUUCCGCCCUCCAAUUGAGCUCAUGCACAAAGGCAGCUUUGAGACGGCAAAAGACUGUGGACAGCUGGAGAACAAGUGGCUAAUGAUCAACAUUCAAAAUGUUCAAGACUUUGCCUGCCAGUGCCUGAAUAGGGAUGUUUGGAGUAAUGAUGCGGUGAAGACCAUCAUCAGAGAGCACUUCAUAUUUUGGCAGGUAUAUCAUGACAGUGAAGAGGGACAACGAUACAUCCAGUUCUAUAAGCUGAACAAGUUCCCUUAUAUCUCCAUCCUUGAUCCUCGCACAGGUCAGAAAAUGGUGGAGUGGAACCAGCUGGAUGUGGCGUCGUUCCUGGAGCAAGCGUCCGGCUUCCUGGCAGAGCACGGGCAGCUCGAUGGGCCUUCCUGCCACGCACCCCCAGCCAAACGAGCUCGCUCUGUGGGUCUCUUAUCUCAUAGAAAUAAUCUAUCAACUGAAGAGCAGUUAAUUGAGGAGAGUCUGAUUGAUGCCAGUGAAGACAGUCAGCUGGAAGCAGCAAUCCGAGCCUCUCUACAGGAAACCCACUACGAAUCCUCAAAUGCCCCUGAACCCCCUGACUCCCCUAGAUCAGACGACGAAUCAGACGCUGAGCCUUUCUCUGACAGCGAGGGUCCGAUCUCUGUUGACGGCUCGGACAGUGAAACGCCAGGACCUCACGAAGAGAAGAGUUCCAUCAGCAAACACACCCCGUCCCUCCCGUCCACGGCAGCCCAGCAGCGUCUACACCCCGAUAGCUCCACUUCUUCUUCUUCUUCUUCUUCCCACAGAAAGUCUCCGUACAAAGAAAAUAACCACAGUCACAAGAAGGAAGAAAGCAAAAAGAACCACCUAGAGCCCUCAGCCUGCGGUCCUUGUCAUCCUCCGUCUGAUGCAGACUCUGGUGGGAACCACUGUCCCCCUGCUGCUGAAAGCACUGGACCUUCCAAGACCAGCACCACCAAAACCUGUGAAGAAGACUGUCCUGAUGACAAUGGUCCCAAAGCCAGGUUGAUGCUUCGAUACCCAGAUGGACAAAGAGAACAAAUAUCCUUGUCUUCUAAAGCAAAACUUAUGGCCCUGGUAAGACACGUCCAGACCAAAGGUUACCCUAAUGAACGCUUUGAACUCGUCACCAACUUUCCCAGGAGGAAGCUUGCCCACUUGGACUAUGACAUCACGCUGCAGGAGGCGGGGCUUUGCCCUCAGGAGACUGUAUUUGUGCAGGAGAGGAACUAGCCUUGUCAGACACACUCACUCUGAUCUCUGUAUCUCUCUGAUUGACCUCACCCUUUCACAGAUGACUCAAGACGAUGUUACUGGCAUUGAUACUUUAAUUCCCCAUUCUUCUGGAAUUAGGCCCCGUGUUUCUCAUGACAACUCUGAGUGGAUGGACUACUCUACCUGCCAUGCCACUAGUCUAAAAACUGACGUCCCUACCGUCAGCUUGAACCCUGUGUAGUGCUCAACAAUUGUCCAGCAAGGUUUCAGGGAGGUCAGAAGUCGUUAAUUUUCUUAAAUGAUCUAUUCCUCUCUGAUUCCAGCUUCAUUUUGUUCUGAGAACUGAAGCACACGAGGACAAAAUUGACCAUAUAACUCAUUUUCAAAUAAAAAGAGAACCAAUAAUGAGCCCCUUCUUGAUGAGGUGACAGGGAAUUGGACAAAAAGACUUUUACCUCCCAGAAAGACGGAAAAAUUUAUGUUUAUUUUCUAGAUUUUCUUGUGAAUCUCUUUACCCGGGGGACAGGUAAAAGGAGGAUCGUUCUUCUUUAUUUUGAAGAACACAUGGUCAUGGAUAGAGAGGAUGUAAUUAUUCCGAGGGUUGAGUUUUCUGAGUAGAGGUCAGACAAUAACAAGUAAAAGAAAUCGCCCCUGUUGGACAUUUGUGACACGCCCGUCAUGUAUAUCUGACAGAAUUCUGGUUGAUCUGCACAUUUUUACUCAAGUUUCUAUUGGUUCAUUAGAGACUAGUACAUUGUUUUUUGGAUUUCAACUUUUGAUACAGAAGGGAAUGAACAAAGGGGGGUAUAUUUCAUCAGUCGGACCUACACUGUACAGAGAUGGCUUAGAGACUGAUGUAGCUGUAGUCGUUGUUUCCUCUCUUUUUUAUAUGCUGCCAAGAAAAUAUGCUGAUGUUAAAAUAUAACCACCAAAACCAAGGGA